AAGUCCGAACUCCUCCGCUUGGCUUCGCUAUCCUUUUCUUUACUAAUUCCCGAUCUCUCCGCCGCCUCGGAGGAAUCAUGGAGAAAGAAGCAGCGACAAAGCUUUCCUUCUCCUUCUCCUCCUCAUCCAAGAUCUCAUCUCGCCCCCCAGCCUCCAAGCUCGCCCGGCCGCCUGCCAAUGAUGGCGGCUCGAAACCCCAAUUCGUCACCGUCUUCGAUCCCUCCGCGGUCCCUAAUCCCGACGACUCCAAGCUCGUCAUCGCCCCGAUUCCCAACGCCUACAACAACCCUACCUUGAAGCGGAUGAAGAACCUCCUCCCCCUUCCCACCGCCGAUGACGACCCUUCCUCCGCUGACACAACCACCCGAUUUGUCCUAGACACCUCUACUGGCGACGCCCCUGCUGGGAGCAUCCCCUAUGGUCUCACCCUUCGUUCGACGGAUGAAUCCAGGUCCCACCGAGAGGAAGGCGGCGAGCCUGCCCGUGGACGCAGCCGUGCCCAGGACGAAGAUUUUCGGAGAUAUAGGGAAGAUGUGAAGGAUCGGCCUGGAGAACAAAGCAUGGAGGCUUUCGAGCAAGUCAAAGUGGAGGACUUUGCUGCCGCUGUCCUUGCUGGGUAUGGGUGGAAGCAAGGCCAGGUGAUUGGACGGAACAAGGAUCUGGCUGACACCAAGGUCUUUGAAUACAAGAGAAAGGGUAGAUCUGAAGGUCUCGGAUACAACCCAUCUGCGGGCGAUCCCAAGAAGAGAAGAGGCUCUUGGGUUGUGGAAGGCUCAAAAGAGAAAGCAAGAGAGAAGGUAGUCAGGGUUAUAUCAGGUAGAUAUAUGGGUUCCAAAGGGGUAGUCUUGAAGAAUUUUGAGAAUUUUGAACUUGUCUUGAAGCUGCAGGUGAGUGGAGAGGAGGUGAAGCUAAGGGAUGAUAUGGUGGCUGAGUUGGGAUCGGCGGAGGAAGAGAAGUUCCUAAAGAAGCUUAAGAAGUCAGAAUAUGAGUACAAGAGUGGGAAGAAGGAGAACAGGAAGAGAGAGGAGAGGAGGAGCAUGGAAUCAAGAAGAGAGGACAACAGUAACAGCGUGCAGCAAAGCACCAGGAGCUCUGAUCGUAAUGGGGCACCCAAGGUCCAAUGGCUUACAAGUUAUAUUCGAGUCAGAAUAAUCAGCAAGGAUUUCAUGGGUGGAAAGCUGUACCUGAAGAAGGGUAAGGUGAUUGAUGUCGUUGGACCAACAACCUGCGACAUUUCUAUGGAUGGAAGUCAAGGAUUGGUACAAUGUGUUGAUCAGGACAUCUUGGAGACAGCUCUGCCUAAGCUAGGAGGAUCAGUGCUUGUGUUGUAUGGGAAACACAAAGGAAUUUUUGGAAAUUUAGUAGAGAGAAAUGCUGAGAAAGGAACUGGAGUGGUAAGUGAGGCUGGUAGUCAUGAGAUUAUCAAGGUUAAGCUGGAUGAGAUUGCAGAAUAUCUUGGGGAUCCAAGUUACCUUGGAUAUUGAUUAUUGAUUUCAUCACUACAUCGAAAUGGGCAUAGCUGCUUUCUUGACAUAGAAGAGAGUUGCACGGGCUAAGAAAGAACAUGGAUGGUGUAAUAAAGCAA